AACGCUCUUUCCUUCUUUUUCUCCGAGGAUCUGACAUUGCAUCCCAAUCGGGGGAAAAAUGGGUCACCGAAACCCGGGUCGGGUUGUACCAUUGUUCAUCGUCGUCAUCUUCCUCACCUCAUCCGCUCACUCCUUCUAUCUUCCUGGCGUUGCUCCUCGUGAUUUCCAGACAGGUGACAGGCUUUUCGUUAAAGUGAACAAGCUGUCUUCUACAAAGACGCAACUUCCUUAUGACUACUACUACUUGAAGUACUGCAAACCAGAAACUAUUGAGAACAGUGCAGAAAACUUAGGGGAGGUCCUUCGAGGUGACCGCAUAGAGAACUCAGUUUAUAAAUUUGAAAUGAGGCAUGAGACACCAUGCAAGGUGGCUUGUCGAAUGAAGCUUGAUGCUGAAGCUGCUAAGAAUUUCAAAGAAAAAAUUGAUGAUGAAUAUAGGGUGAACAUGAUUCUGGAUAACCUUCCAGUUGCUGUUAUUAGACAAAGGCGUGAUGGAAGUCCGUCAACCACAUAUGAACAUGGCUUCCGUGUUGGGUUCAAGGGGAAUUAUGCAGGGAGUAAAGAAGAGAAGUAUUUUAUCAAUAACCACUUAAGCUUUAAAGUCAUGUACCAUAAAGACCAGGAAAUGGAUUCUGCACGGAUUGUUGGUUUUGAAGUCACCCCAAACAGCAUUAAUCAUGAGUAUAAGGAGUGGGAUGAGAAGAAUCCACAGGUGUCUACGUGCAACCAGAACACCAAAAAUCUAGUUCAAGGAAGUACUGUUCCACAGGAAGUAGAUACAAAUAAGGAGGUGGUUUUUACAUAUGAUGUUACUUUCAAGGAAAGUGAUAUUAAGUGGGCAUCUCGUUGGGAUACUUACCUUCUCAUGAAUGACGAUCAGAUCCACUGGUUUUCCAUCAUAAACUCUUUGAUGAUUGUCCUCUUCCUUUCUGGGAUGGUUGCCAUGAUCAUGAUGAGAACUCUGUACAGAGAUAUUGCUAACUAUAAUCAGUUGGAAACACAGGAUGAAGCUCAGGAAGAAACAGGAUGGAAACUUGUUCAUGGAGAUGUUUUCAGGGCACCCAUAAAUUCUGGCUUACUGUGUGUGUAUGUGGGAACUGGUGUUCAGGUCUUUGCGAUGACACUUGUGACUAUGAUAUUUGCACUGCUAGGCUUUUUAUCACCUUCAAACAGAGGUGGACUAAUGACAGCCAUGGUUCUCCUUUGGGUUUUUAUGGGCUUAUUUGCUGGCUAUUCCUCAGCUCGUUUGUAUAAAAUGUUUAAGGGAACAGAGUGGAAGAGGAAUACCCUGAAGACGGCAUUUAUGUUUCCCGGUAUUCUUUUUGCUGUCUUCUUUGUUCUGAAUGCUCUCAUUUGGGGGGAGAAAUCUUCCGGAGCAGUUCCCUUUGGGACUAUGUUUGCUCUUGUGUGUUUGUGGUUCGGCAUUUCAGUUCCAUUAGUUUUCGUUGGUAGUUAUUUGGGUUUCAAGAAACCAGCUAUUGAAGACCCUGUAAAGACCAACAAAAUACCUCGACAGAUACCUGAGCAAGCGUGGUACAUGAAACCAAUAUUCUCCGUUCUUAUUGGAGGGAUACUUCCAUUUGGGGCUGUGUUCAUUGAACUGUUCUUCAUCUUGACUUCAAUAUGGCUGAACCAGUUCUACUACAUCUUUGGCUUCCUUUUCAUUGUUUUCGUGAUCUUAAUAAUCACAUGUGCAGAGAUUACCAUCGUUCUCUGCUAUUUCCAGCUCUGCAGUGAAGACUAUCACUGGUGGUGGAGGGCUUAUCUCACUGCUGGUUCCUCUGCUCUUUACCUUUUCCUUUACUCUGUUUUCUACUUCUUCACCAAGUUGGAAAUUACAAAGCUAGUUUCAGGCAUUUUGUACUUUGGUUAUAUGUUAAUAGCAUCAUAUGCCUUCUUUGUGUUAACGGGAACAAUUGGGUUCUAUGCUUGCUUCUGGUUUGUGCGGAAGAUCUACUCCUCUGUGAAGAUUGACUGAUGUAAAGGUGAAUGGAGGAGCUAAAUGGUUUGCUGUUAUGAGGUGAGAGAAGUCAAGACAUAGUAGGUGGUGGUAAGAGGUGGUGGCAUUGUGUGGGACAAAGAAGCUAUAAAUCUGGAAGUUUUCCCUGCCCGUGAAGUGUUCUCAAAUUUUCUGCAGUAGCAUUAGGUAUCUUGUAAGCCCUUGUUUAGUUCUAUUUACACCAGUUUUACUCACUGAACCGUACGUUUUAAUAGUUUUAUGUAGAAACAGAUGAUGUAGUUUUUUGAACCCUGGUACAUGGACUUUCAGCUUGUCAAUUGUGAUUUAUACAGCAUAAUCCUCUCUGCGUUUUCCCCCUCUUGAA